GUGAGGAAUCCUUUUUUUUUAUUUCUUUUUUGGUGCUUCUAUCGAACACUGCACUCGUCAUGGCCAUUGUGCGAUUAAAUCAGGACCACGCCAGCCGUGCGCCGGCAUUACCAUCUGCACCUCCAAUGAAGAAAUACACUAUCAAGGAUCACAAUCCUCAAGCUACGUUAUACAAAUUCAUGAACAACAGCUUCCCAAUUCGUGUAAAAACACUUGCCAUCUUGUUCUUUGUGGCAUUGAUGUUCGGUAGAUGGACAGUGAGGAAGCAUCAACAUGACUCAAAAGGGCCGGAGUCUCAAACGCUUGCUGGUUUGAAAGAAGCAAGGAACGAGCAAAUUCAACAAGUGCAACUAUGGAUCCGUUACCGUGUGCACUCCGACCCUGUGAAACUGUCGGUACCUGUUACUCUUACAUGGGCAGACGUCAAACAUCUGAUCAAGAAGGAACUAGCGCCUGCAAUGGAUCAGAUAUCUCUGCUGGAUAUAUGGCUUCUUCAUGUCACUGAAGGACGUAUCUUAGUGACCGAAACGGUAUCAUCGCAAUACCAGAACAUCAGUGCUGAUAAUCCCCUGAUCGUAUUUGUAAACAAUUUUGAGUCGCGUAUUGACAUUAAACAGCGCACCAGUUUACCGCUAAGAAUAUCUGCACCGUUAUGCAUUAAAGGAAGUUUUAAUUCAGAGGGUUACAAAGCACUCUAUCAAAUUCUGAAGGAUGGUGCGAACGCCAACGAUAUUGAAGCUCUACGCUUGGAUUUAUGCAUGUCCAACCUUGGCGUUGUCAGCGAUAACAUCGAAAGGAGUCAGCUUGAUGGAUUUAAUCAAGGACUACUUGCCUCCGCAUAUGAGUAUAUGUUUAGUCACUGAAAAAAAAAAAAAAGUGCGCCAUGACUCAGCCAAUUCUGCCGAUCCUUUUAGCUAUAAUUCAACUUCCAGAUAAUACGCAGUAUCCAUC